AUGGAUAGAGUGUUAGCUUGGAAUGUCAGGGGCCUAAACUCAAUACAGAAACAGAAUGAGGUGAAUCACUUUAUUCAGAAGUAUGCAGUGGGUUUGGUGGGGCUCCUAGAAUAUAAGGUGAAGCUCUCUAAUCUAGGGAAGCUUUAUCAGAAAGUUUUUGUAAAUUGGUGCUUUACUAGCAACUCUAGCUAUCACUCUGGUGGUAGGAUAGUUGUAGCCUGGAAGGUUGGUUGCUUCACAGUUAACAUUGUUGCUGCAUCCAGUCAGUUUGUUCAUUGCCAUGUUACUCCUGUAAGUGGUAGGAAACCCUUUUAUUGCACUUUUGUGUAUGCUUUUAAUGAUGCUGGUAUGAGACAAGAUCUAUGGAGGGAUUUGUUGUUGCUUAACACUCAAGAACCCUGGAUUGUGUGUGGGGAUUUCAACUGUGUUAUGGCAUUAGAUAAGAGAAUUGGAGCUCCUAUCAGACAUAGAGAUAUUGUGGAUGUGAGUAACUGUAUGCAUGCAUGUGGUAUGGAGGACAUUAAGUGUGUGGGUAAUAUUUUCACCUGGAACAACAAGCAACAAGGUAACAACAUGGUUUUUUCAAUAAUUGAUAGAUUUUUGGCUAAUCAUGCUUGGCAAACUUGCUUUCCUGUUGCUGAAGUGUGUUUUAUGCCAGAAGGUCUUUUUGAUCACUCUCCUGGUCUUCUUUCUGUGUAUCCCAGAGAUGAUGGAGGGAAGAAACCAUUCAAGUAUUUUACUAUGGGGAAGUCUUCACCUGUGUUUUCUGAAAUUGUUCAGCAGGCUUGGAAUACUCAGUUUAUUGGCACUAAAAUGUUCAUUUUGAUUAAUAAACUGAAAAAAGUUAAACUGGCUCUUAAAGAGUUGAAUAAAGUAGGUUUUACAGAUAUUCAAGCAGCAGAUUUGAGAGCUUAUCAGACUAUGGUGAGUGCACAAACUGCCAUGCAUAAUAAUCCUUCUGAUCAAAGUUUUGCAGAUGCAAAGUUGAUUGCAAUUCAGGAUUAUAAGGAGAAACAUAAUGCUUAUUUGGCUUUCCUCAGUCAGAAAGCAAAAUUGUCUUGGCUUAAAGAUGGAGAUGAGAAUACUUCCCUUUUUCAUCAGAGUAUCAAGACUAGGAAGUUACAGAAUCAAGUAUAUAGCAUUUAUGAUAUGCAAGGAGAAUGGAAAGAUACAGCUGAUGGGGUGUCUCAAACUUUCUUGGAUUAUUAUAAAGUGCUCCUAGCAGAUGAAGUUAAGAAAGCUCUUUUCUCUAUUCCAGGUAUUAAAGCUCCUGGUCCAGAUGGUUUUGGUUCUUAUUUUUACAAAGAUGCUUGGCAUAUUGUUGGGGAUGAAGUCAUUGCAGCCAUUCUUGAUAUGUUACAGCAAGGAAGAAUCUUGAAGGAGGUGAACCACACUGAGAUGCUGGUUUUUUUGGACUUCCCAAAGCAAAUUGUUGAUAUGGUUAUGCAAUGUGUUACUACUCCCAUGUUUUCUUUGAUACUGAAUGGUUCUAUGCAUGGGUUCUUUAAAUCCAAGAGAGGAUUGAGGCAAGGAGACCCUAUCUCUCCUCUGUUAUUUGUCAUCUGCAUGGAAUAUUUUUCUAGAAUUCUGAAUAGAGUGAGCUCUAUGCAUCAGUUCCAGUUUCAUCCAAGCAAGGGAGAUUAUCAGUCUAUUUACUUGUUGCUUCAAGCUUUCAAGUUGUUUUCUAAUACUUCUGGCUUAAAGGCAAAUCAGCAAAAAUCCUCUAUCUACUGUCAUCGCAUGCAUGAAUCUGAUAUUCAGAGGGUGGUAGAUGUUUCUGGAUUUUCUAGAAGUAUGUUGCCAUUCAAAUAUUUGGGGGUCCCCAUAUGCUCUAAGAAGAUCUCUGUGGCUCAGUGUGCUCAUUUGGUGGAUAAGAUGAUCACUAGGAUAAAAAUUUGGAGUUUUAGGAAUUUAUCCUAUACAGCAAGAAUGCAGCUUGUUAAUUCAGUUUUACUAAGUUUGCACAUGUAUUGGGCACAAAUUUAUGUAUUUCCAAAAGGUGUUCUUCAAGAUAUAGUGAAGAUCUGCAGAGCCUUCCUAUGGAGUGGUCAUGCUUUCAGUCAUAAACCAAACAAUAUAGCUUGGGAUAAAGUUUGUAGUGACAAGCACACUGGGGGGUUGGGGUUUAGAGUUGUUCAGAAGUGGAAUAUUGCCUUUAUGGGGAAAUAUGUUUGGGCUUUAGUCAAGAAGCAGGAUAAUGUGUGGAUUAGGUGGAUUAAUUCAGUCUACUUAAAGGAUGGGGAUUGGUGGGAGUAUCAGCCUGGUUCUACUGCUAGCUGGUACUGGAAACAAGUGUGCAAUACAAAGGAGCAGCUGAAACAGGUUUUUACUUGUGCAGAUUUGAACAUGCCUCAUUAUUCAGUGAAACAAGUGUAUAAGAAAAUCCUAGGAGACAAGCGAAGGGUGCAUUGGGAUAAAAUGGUGUGGAAUAGGCAGAAUGUUCCAAAACAUAGAUUCAUUUGCUGGUUGGCUGUUCAAUCAAAACUUCAGACUACAGACAAACUAGCAAAUAUUGGCAUUAGUCAAUAUGCUAGUUGCUUGAUUUGUGGCUUGGAUGAUGAGACUCAUCAUCAUCUAUUCUUUCAGUGCCAGUAUAGUAAGCAAAUUAUUAUAGCAGUCCAUCAGUGGAUAGGUUUCUCUAUUCAUGGCAAUUUGGUUCAGUUAGUCAGAAAAGCUGGACAAAGUAAGGCUUCAAAGUUCAGGAAGCAGGUGUAUUUUGCAGCUGUUGGUGCUGCUGUCUACCUGAUCUGGACGUGUAGAAACACAAGUUUUUGGGAUAAUUCCAUUCCCACUGUCAGUCAGAGUAUGAAGGAUUUGAAGCAAAUGGUUAAGAGCAAAAUUCAGAGCUUGUUUAGCUUUGUGUUUGCUAAUUUCAAGGGCAUAGAGUCCAACCUAGUUGGUUUGUAUGACUUGGAAUUGGCUUAA